AUGAUCGUGUUGUUCACCUUCGCCUCCGGCUACGGCGACCGUGGAGAUUCGAAAAAGCUGCAAGACGUCGACGACAUCGAAUUCGAAGUCGUCGUGUGCAGCGAUCCGAAGGCCGAGUCUUUGGCGUUUAUCGGCGAAGUGAUCUGGCGCACUCGAGCCGGCUUCUGGGAGCCCUUCAUCAUUGGAGGGACCGCUCCAGAGCCGCAAGAAGCAUUGCAGAAACUGCUGGUGGCGUCGGCGCUGGCGUUGGAAGUCUUCAAAGACCAUAGCUACUUCACUCCCAAGGUGGAAGACAAGUUUGAGAAGCUGCCGGGCGGUGGCCGUGUCAACACUCAGCCCAAUGAGCUGGAGAGUUGA